AUGCCACCCGAGCAGCAGGACCGGCGCCACCACGAGGAGGAAGACCUGGAGCCUUUGAUACCCUCGAAUAUUCUAGACCUAGCAUCUCAGAGAGUGUUUGUGGUCUCGUUCUUCAUAUUGAUCCAGAGUUGGAAAGUGUAUGAGGUCUUGCUAUUGAAGUCUGACGUGCCGAUCUCCGGAGGCUCAUUGGCACCUUCAAACAAUUUCACCUUCGUUUUGAAAUACGCCAUAAUUGAUGGUCUCUUCCUAUGGAUCCUACCAAUAUUGAGUAUUCCAUACUUGAGAUUCUCACCACUCAAGACGUUGAUUCUUACCCUCGUGUUGAACUCCGUUACAUUUUUUUUGGCCAGCAGUCAGACUGUGGUACUUGUGACCAGUUUUGUCAUGCCAGUUUGGAAGGCCAUCGCAUCCAAGAGAGAAUUAACUGUGGUGGGUGAUUCCGUUAAUUAUAACAGAGUGGUCGACAUGGAAUCUCAUUUUAAGGGAAAAUUAACUAUUCACUAUCUACCAGACUCUUCGGCAAAGUUCAAUCCUUUCCAUUUUGACAAGAUAUGUUUAGAGAGAUCAGAAAACCAACCAUUGGAAAUGCCAAUUGAGUUCAAUACUACAACUCAAUUAGGGUUCUUGCAAUUACAACAUAUCACACCUGAUAACAACGUGAAUUAUCUUAAUUACACAGCUAACACUCUCAAAAAGUUGGGUAGAAAAGAUCACUCCCACUUGGGGAGAUACCCGGACUACAAGAAUGACGAUUCCAGGAUUUUCUACCUUGAAAUACCUUUAAAAGAACCAGGGUUGUACAGGAUAUCAAAGGUCACAGAUAUCAAGAAUAUCAAUAUUAGAACUUACAAAUCUGAGUUCAUGAUCUCUCAUUGUCCUAGUUCCAAAUUCUCGUACCCUCCCAGUUUUGAUGAGUCAAAGAACUAUAAAUGUUUAUCAAAAACUGGAAAUGAAGAACCUCUUCAGCUUCCAUUGCUCAGUGUAUUUGGUGUCACCCCAGUCACCGUCAAGUUUAAUGUGAAUUUGAAUGGAAAACACUAUAAAACAAUCAAUUCCUCAGUGGGUGAGGUUACAACCAAGCCUUUACUCCAAUCAAAGAGGGAUGUAUCGUGGAUCGAUUCGCACAGUCUUACUCGUAAUACGUUAGAGCAGGAGAUUUUACAUUAUCCUGAAAUUAUGAAUGAUGCCAAAGAAGGGACCUUAGAGUUUCAACUAGUUGAAAUUAUUGAUCAUUUGGGUAAUUCUAAAAGAUACAAUCCUGCUUCUUCAGACAAAGAUGUUAGAUUUGAUUUUGAAUUGAAAAGUGUACCUUCAUUUGGCAUCACAGAUUAUGAUUCUAGUACCGAGCUUCUCAUCAAUGGAACCAAGACAAUUCAAAUCGUGGCUAAUCAAAAUUUGAAGGAUUCAGAAUUCCCAAUUACAGUCGAUAUCUCAUACACCAAUAAGGAAGAUGAAUUGCUCUCGCACACCAUUUCCAAAACAUUUAAAAGCUUAACAGACUUAAAACAAGGAAUUAUUGUCGAUAAAGCUGGAAGUUAUCGCUUGAUUUCUACUAAGAAUAGAUUCUGCUCCUGUGAAAUUUCAAAAUCUAAUGAAGUUUCUUUCAGUCAGGCAUUCCCACCAGAGGUGGGGAUUAACGCAGAACCUAUUGUCGAUAAAUGCCUUGGAACUACAGGAUAUACUUUCGAUUUAAGUCUAGUUGGAAGAGCACCAUUUCAAGUACAAUAUACCGUUUAUAAGAAGCAGGAAAAUGGUGCAUUACGCCCAGUUCAAUCAGAGCGGGGUACCGUGGCUAGAGUUUUGAGAACUUCGGAUAAUCAUCACACAUUCAAGUUUACUCCCACAGCCGAAGGAAAUUACGUGAUUAAAUUCAAAGAAUUGAGAGACGCCAACUAUAUUUCAACAGCUGUUAAGUUAGAUGAGGAUAAGUACACUUACCUGACAUAUUUCAAUCAAAUUUCGAAAGUGUCAUUCUUCGAGAAUGCCGGAAGGUAUAUUGAGACUAAGAAUAUUUGCUCAGGUGAGUCUUUGGAAAUUCCUCUUUACUUUACAGGUAAUGGGCCUUUCGAGUUUGAUGUUGAUUUUGUUGACCCUCAAACGAACAAAAAAUUAAUAAGUUCAGUUAAAGUGAAGGAUGCCAUGAAAUAUCUGAUUAAAUCACCAAAGCAAUUAAUUGGUAAGAACUAUAAGAUCAAAGUUUCCAAUAUUAAGGAUAAGUUUACCUGUGAUGCUCUUAUUGAUGAGAGAGAGUCAAUAACAGUUAAAAGUAGAUCUGAUAUUCCAGAAGCUCAGAUCCAAGUUUCCAGUGAGGUCAAAAUAGUUGAAGGAGAAUAUGCCAAUAUUCCCUUGGAUAUCAAGUCUUCCAUCGGAAGAACAUCGUCAGACAAGCUUGAAUAUAAGGUUGCUAACCUUUAUGACUCUUCAAAAAUUACUACUAGAAGCUUAAUUGGAUCGCUGAACUUGAAAGUGAAGGAAGAAGGUAUCUAUACCUUAGUCUCGUAUGAAAAUAGCGGUUGCCCAGGUGUAAUCACCAACAAGGAAAGAUCUGUGCUUGUUACUUACUAUAACAAACCAAACCUUACUGUGUCAAGCGAAAAUGUUAUGAAGCAACAUACAGACGAUUCUUUCAUUCACUUGAAUCCAUUGUGUCAAAAUUGCGAGAGCCUAUUAAAGUUACAAUUAGAAGGAGCAAGUCCAUUUGUGGUCGAUUACGAGAUCAAGUUUCCCAACGGCAGAUCAGAAUCGAAAUCUUUGGAAAUCAACAAGAAUGAUGUUACCAUUAAACUUCCAACAUCACACAGCGGCAGAUACGAAUACAGAUUUGUUGGAGUGUAUGAUAACUUAUACACGAAGAAAACCUAUAGAAAGGGAAAGAAGGAAUUGCCAAAUGUGAUGUAUGAAAUUAAUCCUUUGCCCAAUGCUAAGUUUGAAUCCAGUGAGCAAUUCUCGCAAGUAUGUGAAACUGCCCUUAACAAGAAGAAAGGACCAAUAGUGUCGGUUCCAAUGACCCUCAAAGGAAAGUAUCCUUAUCAAUUGAAGGCAUCGUUAACUCACGAAGAGACUGGCAAGACUAAGCAAAUUCAUAUCAAUGCUUUACAAGAAGCGAAAAUUCAUCUUGAGUCUGAAUACUUUGUUGGUUUGGGUGAACAUAUCUUGACCAUAAACGAAUUGACUGAUGCAAAUGGAUGUACAAGAAAGGAUUUUUCAACGUUGAAUAGUUACGUCAUUGUCGUUACUGAGGUUCCUAGUGUUGCAAAGAAGGGUCCAAAGGUUAACUUUUGUGUUGGAGAUCAUGUUGAAUACAACUUAACUGGUAUACCACCAUUUACUGUCUUCUACAAGUUCAAUGACAAUGCUAGAAAGGCAGAGCUGUCAUUUAACUUCAAGAGAUUGGCAUCUAAACCUGGUGCUUUAGUCAUUGACGGGCUUCAAGAUUCAUCGACCAGCAAAUGUUACGUUGAUUUAUCUCAAUCUCCCGAAGCCCAGGAUGAGUUGAGUGUGUAUAUUCACGACCUUCCCUCGGUUGAAAUUAAUAAGGGUGAUUACAUUGUGGAAGAUAUCCACGAAGGCGACCAAACCGAACUUUACUUCACAUUCAUAGGUACACCACCUUUCACCUUGACUUACACCAGAACUCUUGAGGUUCCAGCAAAAGGUAACAAGAAGGGUAAGCCUAUUGUUGAGAAGCACACCAUUGAGAAUAUUCACGAGUAUGAGUAUUCCGUAUUGGCAAGCUUAGAGGGAACAUAUGAGGCUGUUGAGGUCAAGGAUGCGUUCUGUACGGCCACCAAAUACGUAUAG